GAACAAACCUACCAUGCCUAGCUCAGUCACACAGUGCUUUCUCUUCUCUUGGGUGGUCCUCAUCUUCAGCCUCUGUCAGGGGGAGGGCCGACCCCGCCUGGGGCAGGAGGAGAACCAGAGGGCCUUGGUCUUGGAGUCAGUGAAGACAGGGAUCCUGAGCUCCAUGGGGAUGGAAAGGGAGGCCAGGCCCAGGGAAAUGGCUUCAGAAGAGGAGCUGAUGAGGAUGCAUAGGCUCUACAGGGAAACACUGAGGCAGCUGAGAAGGAGCUCCAGUCAGGAGGGGGGAACCCAGCGUUCCCCAAGGAGGGCAUCCACUGUGCUUCAUCCAGCCACAGUGGAGCCUCUCAAAGUGCUUUGGAGUGAUGAGGAACAUCCAUCAGAUAUGCUUUGGUACAGAGCUGUAUUCCACAAGAACCCACACAUCAGGAAGGAGUUCACUUUGGCCCGGGCUGAGCUGAAGCUCUACAGACAGCUGUUGGAUGGCUCUAAAGCUGCCGAGCCCACAAUUAGGGAUGAGGUUCAUGUGAAGAUCUAUGAGACGAAACCACUGAACUCUUCUCUAUUGAUUCACACAGAGACCCUUGUUCAGACGGUCGCUGCAAGAACUGGUGAUUUGACUUUGGACAUCAGAACAGUGGUUGGUAAGUGGAGUGGGAGGUCGGACGGCCACUCUCUGGUUGUGGAAGUAGAACUGGCCUUAGAAGAGGGAACUGAUCCCAAGAGGACCCCUCAGAUGGUCCUGGAGGUAGACCUUGUAGAACCUAGAUCAGCAGGCAGAAGGAGACGGACUCGCUCCAACAAAGAGGACAACUGUGACGAAGACGGUAGCUGCUGCCGAAAAUCCAUCAAUGUGUCCUUCAAGGAGAUUGGCUGGUCAGACUGGGUCGUGGCCCCCACUGGUUACAACAUGCAUUUCUGCGACGGCUCCUGUCCACACAACUACAAGCCAGCCAGCAUGCACGCGCAGGCAAAGUCUCGUCUUCACCACAUCAACAAGGGAGCAACACCUCACCCUUGUUGUGUGCCGGCAGCCUACGAGCCAGUGAUCCUCAUGCACUAUGACAGUUGGGGAAAGUUGAAGCUCACACCCUUCAAUGACUUGAUUGUCAGCAAAUGCCACUGUGCUUGAGUCCUUCAGGGCAAGCCCAGGCAAGGACAGAAAAAAGAGUCAGAACAAACCUUUUCCUUUAGUGCUACAUAUUGAAAUAGAAUGGAUAAUGUUUUCAAAGGAUGUAAGAAAAUAACAUUUGUCAUGCUCAAUUAGUGACAUUACUAAUGUUCUUUUCAACAGCUAAGCAAACAAAAAUACCCAACAUUAUCCAUCACUUAUGGAUUUUGAGAGAAGUUACUGUGGAGCGAUGACUGAAAUGUACUAUUUUAUUUGGAAGAUAAACUUUGUUAGUCUCAUGUGGCCCAUAAUAUCCUAUUCUUCCAAGACUAUGUACAAAAUUAUAUUAUUUAUUGUAAUUUAUUUAACAGGGUCUAAAACUUAUUUGUAUUGUUUUGUAGUGUAGUUUUCAACGUUACACUAUUUAGCUUGAUCCUUACAUCACUGUAUUGUAAAUAUGUAUUCAAUUUAAUGUAAUACUAUGUACAGUAUUAUUUCCAAACAUUUUGGAAGUUUGUCCGGAAAAAAAACAACAAUGUUGGAUUGUUGUGCCUGAAUGCGUAUGCACACAAACUUUACAGUUUAACCCAUGUGUUUAAUUCCUUAGCAACAGUAAAAUAACUUGAAAUGAUUGUGCUUUACGGAAAACCAUCUAGAUAAUAUUUCAAAAGUUAGGGUGUGCCGUGAAAGACGUAAAAGAUAUGAUAGCCAAUAUCUUGCAUCUGUAGCUUUGAACCAUUUAUACAGUGGCUUUGACCAAAGACUGAAUGACCUGCGGGACAAAUUAACUAAGUAUUUGAUUUUGCAUGACAGUAAGAAUAGCACACAGAACACAUUACGACAUGAAUUGUAAACUCAGCACCGUGAACAGAUAUCAUAUCUCUAAACAAUAAAUACAAUUUAUUUUAAUGUAAUAUAAUGUGAAAGGCAAUACUGUAUCUCGAUAACCACAAUGAAAUAUUAUAGAGAUAAGUUCGGAUAAAUAAAGAGAGAACAAAUAAUGCCAAAGAUAGUGUUUGAUAAUUAUAAGCAUCAUAUCUAAUUUUUUAUCAAUGACAAAGAUAACAAACAAUAAACAGGCAGCGGGCAACAUAACCUGAUGGUUUUUCUAUCAAACAACUUAAUAAACAACACUCAUUCAACAAAACAACUCAAUAUACAGUGGGGCAAAAAAGUAUUUAGUCAGCCACCAAUUGUGCAAGUUCUCCCACUUAAA